GCACGUUCAGUUGGCGAGUUGUUUGUUCGGAUUCGAGACUGAAGCCGUAGUUAAAUAUCGGUGAAGCACUCUCUGGGGUUCGAAGCAGAGACGGAUGCAACGAAGGUGGUGCGGUGCUGACGGAAGUGUUCAUGAAAGUUCCAAACGCCCAGCCAAGGUCCCCACUGCCCGUGCAAGGACAGAGAGAAGCAAGGGGCAUCCCCCAAAACUGACAACACCCACAUUGCUAUGUACUCUGGACCUUCUUGGAGGUCGGUUCUGGCAUUGGCAGGCACGACGGAGGAUGCUCCUUACCUCUCUAUACCACACUCAUCUCGGCCUCAUCUACGACGAGCAUUCGUGGAUGGCAUAGCGUUCAGGGCAAGGCAGCCCCAGCCCUUCCACACUGCAAUAUUGGACUUUGUGGGCUUGGCACACUUUCCACAAUUUGCACCUGUCCAUUUCCACUUAUUCACCACCCAGCUCGAUAUCUCCAUUGGCCUCCAACCAGCAGCUUGGCGACGGCAUCUGCAAAAUGGAGGUCAAGCUUCUUCACCUUUACUUGACCUGCUUGGCUGAGAGAUCCGACACGGGAUGGUUGGCCAUUUAACAAAUGAAUGUAUCGUGCAUUCGACCUCCCCCCCUCCCAGUGCAGCUUCACUGUACUGAGGUGUCAGACAGCCCAGAUGCCAAGAACGGCCGCUUUAACCCGAUCUGGUAGCCACAUCACCAUGACAGCCUUUGAAGCUACGCGGGCUGCUACGCUACCUGGGCCCUGGCCCCGUACAUAUAUACAUACCGGACAGGCAGAGUGACACGCCUACCCGACCCUACAUCUCCCAAAACCUCAGGCGGUGCGCCCACGAUCUCGUGCCUUAUUUGACCACUCUGGCGAACGACAUUUUCGCGUUUAUUUUGGGUUUGGUGGCUUGCCGGGAUCAAGUUAAUAAAGAUACAGGCCCGUAAUUUGUUCGGGAUGGCAUCAGCCGCUGCAACUGGACAUGACUGGCAUCAGGAUACGCAGCACGCACCCGUCUGUUGCCAUGCAACAUCACCUCACAUCAUUCUCCUGGAGAGAUACCUCCGAGGCUCUGUCGUCUGUUGAUCACCUCCCGUCAGCCGGCAUGUUCAACACCAUCAGCUCCGCCCUGUCGUGUAAUCCCUUCUUCAUCUCUCCUUGGUGAAGAUUCCCUACAAAACAAGCUGCCCGCCGACCCCAGAUUGGUCCAUGCAGCCGCCGCGACUUUGUCGAGUCCACCGGAGCCACUCAACGACAACAUUCUGCGCGCAAAACCUGACUACGCCGUACAACAUGUAGGCGGUGGGUCAUGCGAACCUCUUUUUUCUCCGUGGGCUUUGCACUUUGCCCGCUUACAGAUGGCGAGUCUUUUGAUAAUCUUUGGAUCUCGGGAGUAUCUCGUGGCGAGCCAGAGUCGGGGUGAAAUACCCAAGAGGCCAAGGAGGCCAAGUGAAAUCAUAAGCACAAAGUUCUCGGUCUGGAAUAGGAUCGUCGUAUCGCAUCGUCCGCCUCAGUCACGCAC